AUGCGUGUGCGUUUCACGAGUGAGGACGACCUCAACCUCCUCAACGAGGUAUUUGCCGAAAACCCGUUCGAGCAAACGUCAAGGUGGAGGACCAUUGCCACCAAUGUCGGAGAUGCCCUUGUACCUGCAAAAACGUUCAGCGUGCGCGCUGUCCGAGAAAGGCUAGACCUUCUGAUGGCCUACUUCAAGGCAGGAGACGAAGCCAACUUGAAGAACGUUGAGCCGCCCCCAGAAACAGCCGAGGACAUAUUCGAGGCCAUAUAUGAUGAUCCUUCGGAGCUGCCGCAUUGUGGUGAUGAAAGCGAACCAGGCGUCGUACAAGAACAGCCCGACUGUGCAGAUGUCAGUGGCGCAGGCACGCCGCAGUCGGAUCAGACACUCAGGAACCAGACAUCCAGGAUCCAAGCUAGCAACAGGAGGAAGAGGUCCCAUGCUUCGGGUACCAACGCAGAUCACGAGUUCCUGGAGAAGCGAUGGAACCAUGAAAGAGAACUCAAUGCACAGGGCUGGAAUGACGUCAGCUUGCACGAGUCAACUCAAGUAAAGACGCCCAACCUUGAUGUGAUGGCCAGCGAUGGCGUCAUAUUGAACAACUACUAUGUCACUCCUCUCUGCACUCCGUCGAGAGCAGCUUUGCUGACGGGAAAGUACCCAAUACGCUUAGGUCUUCAGCACGACGAAAUCCGUGCCGCGGAGCCAUUCGGGCUCCCACUCAACUUUAAACUGCUGCCAGAGCAUCUAAAAGAAUUGGGUUAUGAAACGCACGCUGUCGGAAAGUGGCAUCUUGGGCAUUUCACUGCAAAUUACACUCCUACGUACCGUGGCUUUGAUAGUCACUACGGCCCUUACACGGAUCACCAAGAUUACUCGGAUCAUACCUCACUUUCGCUGUUCAGCACGGACAAUGACACAUGGACAGGAUGGGGCCUUGAUAUGUGGAACAACAUGAAUCCGGACCAGGAGUCAUCUGGUAAAUACGCCACCAGUCUGUUCACCGAGAAGGCUAUCGAAGUGCUGAAAAAAAGAAACCAAAACAAGCCCAUCUUUUUGUACCUGUGCUACUCCGCUGUGCACGUGGGAAAUUCGUACUCACUGCUAGAAGCUCCUGACGAAGAUCUGCUCAAGCACAGCCACAUACUAAAUCCGAAGCGAAGAGCGUAUGCAGCAAUGGUGUCGGCGCUGGACGACAGCAUCGGCGAGAUAAUGAAGGCGCUGCUCUUCACCAACGCCAUCAAAGACACGAUCCUAGUGGUGACCACAGACAACGGAGCUGCUGCAGGAGGUAUCGACAACAGCGCGGGCUCGAAUUGGCCGCUUCGUGGCACCAAGGGUACGCUCUGGGAAGGAGGCAUUCGAGGGGUGGCUUUCGUCUGGAGCACCUUCAUCAAACGACCGCAUGUGGCGCACCAACUGAUGCACAUCACUGAUUGGCUGCCCACUCUUUACGUCGCUGCAGGAGGUAAAGUGGACGACCUCGGUGAGAUCGAUGGCCUCAACAUGUGGGACACGCUUAUCGCGGACAACGUAUCACCCCGAAGCGAGAUUCUGCUCAACAUCGACCCGGUGUGGAACAUGUCGGCUCUCCGAUACCACGGGUACAAGCUGGUCCAGGGCUCACUGGCCAGGGGGCGCUACGACGGGUGGUACAGGCCCGCGGAACCCGGAGGACAACCAAACAUGAACCGAAUACGGUCUCAAUUUUCCCACUAUCCUGCAUCGUUCAACUCCAAGUGCUCGGCCGCGCGCACCAUCCGAGCGAUGGGCCGCGCCAUGCCAACGCAGCGUCCGGAUGAGCUGGUCGUCGUGUGCGGUCACAACAAUGGCACACCCUGCCAGCCCAUGCGGCAGCCCUGCCUGUUCAACAUUGACUCUGACCCGUGCGAGCGUGACAACAUCGCCAAGGAGCACCCAGAUAUUAUAGAUUUUCUGCAGUUGAGGAUGAAGCAGUACAGAAAGAAGAUGGUUCCUCCCAUCAACCAGCCGGCCACAAGAAAGGCUGACCCCAGAAACUUCAAUUAUACAUGGGCACCAUUUAUGUAA